AUGUAUAUACUACCGUUCACUGUAAGCGUGAUAGGCGACUGGGUGCUACUGGAGAGCGCUUCCGGUCUUCGCGUCAAGGCGGACCACGCUUCCACCGUCUACGUCACGUUAGACAAGUCGAAGACGGCCGAGCAUCAGGUGCGAGGGUUGUGCGGAAAUAACAACGGAGUACCAGGCAUUCCCGACGAGUUUUCCGGUACUACGAACCCUACAACGUUCGGUAACGCCUUCAAAGUGGUCAAUACCGGCGGCGUGUGCCCAGACAGUACGGCGGUCCAGAAGUACUGCCCGGAAGCGACGAGCAGGGAACGCCGGGAGGCGGAAGAGGCGUGUUCGUACAUCCGCUCAUCGGUGUUCAGCGGCUGUCACAGCCUCAUCGACGUGAACAUCUGGUACCGAAUGUGCAUGAACUACCACUGCGCGGCGGACACCCCGGAAGACAAGACCGCCGUCCGCUGCUUCUACACGGAGGCGUACGCCCGGGAGUGUUCCGGUCAGGGAGUGGUCGUCCAUUGGAGAACCGUGGCCGCCUGUCCCAAGGAAUGCCCGCCGGGCCUCGUGUACUCGGACUGCGCCUCCCCCUGCCCGGCCACGUGCCAGAGUCUCCAUCAGCCCGUCACGUGUCCCGCAGACUGUGUGACCGGAUGUCAGUGCCCGCCCGGGCGCGUGCUCCAGGACGGACGCUGCGUUGAACCGGCCGCCUGCCAGUGCGAGUACAACCAUAUCCGGUUUAACAACACUGCCGUCAUACAGAUCGGGUGUAAUAAGUGCAAGUGUUACAUGGGCAAAUGGCAAUGCACGGAUGACAAGUGCAGUUCCUCGUGCGACUACUACGGAAUGUCGCACGUGAAAACAUUCGACGGUCUAGAGUACGAAUUCGAGGCGGCCCCUUGCACCUAUGAUCUAGUGCAGCCUGCCUCUGAGGCGAUUAAGGCCGACCCUCGGGCAAACCUUGUCAUCCGAGCCCUUCACGAGGAUUGUGGGACAUACAUGGCGGGUCGCAACUGCAUCGCAGGCGUCCGAGUGGAGACCCAGGGGGAAUCCGUCGUCAUACAAGGUGGCAGUGUCCAGGUGAACGGUCAAGAUUACACGGCCUACAUUCAGGACAAGCCCUAUCUCUCCCACCACCUGUACGUCAAGCAGGUCACCUCUCUCUUCAAGCUCGUGCGGGGGUUCGGCUUCCGGGUACUGUACGGACAGCGGCGGAUAUACGUCAGCGUGGAGUCUUUCUACGACAACAAGAUUCAAGGCCUGUGCGGCAAGUUCAACUACGUUACGAAUGACGACUGGAUGGCGCCGAACGGGAUCACGGAAAAUAAAGCGGGGGCGUUCGUGUCGCACUACAUGACCCCGCCCAACUGUGCCCGCCAGACGGAACGACCCGCCUUCCCCGACUGUCCCAUACUGAAAUUGCAAUACGCCAAGGAGAUUUGUGAGCCGGUGCGUGACGCAACGUCGCUAUGGAAACGCUGCCGUGACCUGCUCGACUUCAACGUCUACUACCAACAGUGCCUGAGUGACGUCUGCUCCGUGAACUCGUUGGACGUCAGCGCUCCCGCGUGCGUCAUCCUGUCGGUGGUGGCGCGAGAGUGCGCUCUUCUGGGAGCGGAAAUCGACGACUGGAGUGGGCAUGCCAGUAUACGCGGAAAGUGUGACGAUCUGACCCGCUGUGGCUCUUCCGGCGGUUCCGUCUACAGCGAGUGUAGCUCGUCCUGUCAAGGUCACUGUCGAGACAAGGAGGUGGCAGACACUUCCUGUAAAGAAGAAUGCGUCGCCGGAUGCACGUGUCCGCCCGGUCAAAUAAUGGACGACAACGGGGAUUGCGUGCGACUCGGUCAAUGCACGUGCUACGACAAAUACGCGCCGGACGGUGACCGUAUCCGGAAGGCUGGUGACGUCAUAGAAAGGAAUUGCCAACGAUGGUGA